AUGAAUUUUUGUCUUAAAGCUUCAAAUUUUCAUCUAGAAUAACCUAUUCAUUUUCAAACAAAUGAUUAAUCAGCUAAAGCAUUAGAAAUGUUUAAUUAUGUGGCUUAAAGUUUUUAGGGGAAUACAGAUUUCUAAAUUUAAUAUUAAACUUCUGAUGUUUAAUAGGGAUUUAUUGAUCCUAAUGAUGAUUUAAGUCGAUUUCAUGAUGCAAAUGCAUAAUUCUAUAUAAUUUUAAAUUAAUAAGGUUAACUUAGUCCUUAAGAUGAACAUAUGUAUUAAGCUGUGUAUAUCUCAACUUAUAAAAUGGAAGGAAAUUAACAUAUACUAAUUGUUCAGGAAUAUGCAGAUCCAAAUUUAUAAUUAGGAUUGGUAAUUAUCAAAAAUUAUAAAAGUAUUUAUUCUAAUUGACAUAAAAAUAUAAUCUAAAAGCUAAUUCUGUUCAAUUAUAUGAUCAUCAAUCAAAUUUAUUGACUGAGAAUCAAUAUUUAUGUAUAGGAAACUUCAUGAAUUAUCCCAUGUUAAAUAUGGUUGUUUUGUAUAAUUAAAGUGUUCCAUAGUAAGGCGUGGUUAUCUCUAUUUAUUAAGCUUAAGAUAAUUAACAUAUAGGAAUUGCUUAGUAAUUUGUAGAUCCCAAUUUAUAAUUAGGAUAGGUAAUUAUAAGAAUAUAUAAAAGUAUUUAGUCUAAUUGACACAAAAAUUUAAUCAAACAUUGAAUUCUUUUGAAUUAUAUGAUGAUUAAUCAAAACCAUUAACUAAUAAUCCAAAUGAAUAUAUAGGAUAAUUUAUGAAUAAUUCUUAUUUAAAUAUGGUUAUUUUUUAUCAAGAGUAAAUUUAAACAUAUGAUAAUGAUAAUCUAAUAAACGAUUAGAAUANCUUUUAUUUGAACAAAAAAUAAACCCGCAACAGAAUUAAUUUAAUUAAAAUAUUAAUUUUUGAGGAGAAUCUAUUAUUCUAUAAUUUAUGCCUAGAUCUUAUAUUUAUAUCUUAUUUUUAAGUUUUUUUUAUAUUUUCCUUCCUUAUUGACUUUGAACUCAUUUUAAAAAUCUCUUUCUUCUAAAUCUCACAAAUAAUUAUAAACAUGGCAUGA